AUGAGGCAUCUGAGCAUGUCUACUACAAUAAUGACCGUUGCAAGCGUCGCAGUUGGCGGCGUCCUCGCAUACGCCGUGUACUUCGACUACAAGCGGAGAACCGACGCCAACUUCCGCAAACAACUCCGGAAAGAAAAAAAGCGUGUCAAGCAGAGCCAGAGCCAGACACCGUCUGAAUCUGCUCAGACUGCAACCGAAGGAGUGGACGCAAAUGACUUGCGGAGCGCGUUGGAGAGCGUACGCAACGAAGAAGUACCAGCUGGGCCAGAGGAAAAGGAACAGUAUUUCAUGAAGCAAGUUGGGAUAGGUGAACAACUAUGUGCGAAAGGUCCUGUCUACCACCUUUCUGCUGCGAUGUGUUUCUACCGCGCGUUGCGUGUGUAUCCAUCACCCGUGGAGCUGGUUGUGAUUUACGAGAAGACUGUUCCUCCACCCGUUUUCCAGCUUGUGAUGGAACUUACUAAUUUGGACGUCAAAGACCGAGUUGAAGGAUAUUAUACGUUCUUCCCGCCGAAGGCAAUGAAUGUCGCAGUUGAGACUAUCAAUGUCCCUGACGGCAAGGGCGCAACCAUGUCGAAGAAAGUCCUUGUCGUGACAAAAGACUUCGAGGCUGGUGAAGUCAUCUACCAGGAAGAUCCAAUCGUGGCCGUUCUCGAUGCCGAUCUUCAAGGGAAAGGCACACACUGUAGCUAUUGCUUGCGCCAGAUCCAAAACGAUCCCAUCCGUCCAGAAUCGGAUCGCCUCCACAGUGUUUACUGCUCAUCUGAUUGCCAGACCCAACACAACGCGCAUUCGCAGACUCUGCUCUUCACGCUCGAGUCGCCUUUACCUGCUGCCAUAGCGCCCGAAAUGAAAGGCGCGCAACGUGAGGAGCGAGAAAAUGCCCAAAAAGCGUUCGUCGAGUAUCUCAUACAGACCAAAAGGGCUGCACCAGAGCUUGUGGCGCGAUUCGUUGCGCGACAGGUCAGCGCGGAGACUGCUAAGAUGUUACCCCGCGGAAUAUUGCCUGGCGUCGCUUCCGAGCCGGUGCUGACAGAUGGCGGAGAGUACUCGCUGUACGAUCACCUCGAGCGUCUAAGAUAUCUCGAGGUGAAUCCCGCAGAUCACGAGACUCGCGUCUUGAAGGAUGUGUUGCAGACUGCGCUCCCCGGACUUGAACAAUUCCUUACGGAGGAUAGACAUGCAACCUUUAUCGGGAAGAUGUCGUAUAACUCGUAUGGGGUAUACUUCGGUGAAGGAAGGGAGGAUAAGCCUGACACAGCUGCUCGCCCUGAGAACGCCGAGAAAACACGCACCCCCUGCGGUACCUCUAAGCAGAUCGGCACGGGUUUCUACGCAGUAUCAUCCUAUAUCUCGCAUAAUUGCGCACCCUCCGCUAAGCCCGUCUUCCCAACUGGCACUGCACAGCUGCAACUUAUGGCCACUCGUGCACUUCAAAAAGGCGAUGAGAUCACUGUCGCGUAUGUGGACGUAUUGCAGCACUCUGAGGAGACACCCGAGGUAGCACGCCGGCGUCGUCGCAUGGAGCUCGCGAGGGGAUGGCGGUUUGCGUGCUCUUGCAAGCGGUGUGCUGAGGAAGGAUUGGAAGGUGAGAUUGAGGAAGGAGGAGAUGAGAGCAAGGUGGAGGACGUUGUGACCAGGCCCUCCUUCGUUUGUAUUACUUCCACGAUGUCUACAUUCAUUAUACAUCGCUUUCGCUCCUCACUGUCACGACGCGCCUUACAUACGACUGCAAUUCGGCAUGUUGACCGUCCAACGGUGUUCACAAACAUGCUUGCAGGGGAUAUUCCACCCCCCGUGCAAGUUAAUUCCAUAACAUCGGCAGGUAUCCAGCUAGCAGACGGGCUUAUCCUUCCAUCUGCAUGCAUCUUCCUGGACGGUAAGGUUUUUUUGUGGAACGUUCCCUCGCAUCUUUGGAAUGGCUGGGGUCGCGAGCAUUUGAGUGUAUUUGAGACUGCUGUCCCAAAACCAGAAAUAUUGGUGUUUGGCACUGGGAGACGGAUGGAGCUUCCACCUCCGAGUAUAAGAGGCUACCUGAAAGAAAUGGGAAUACAACUUGACAUUAUGGAUACAAGAAAUGCGUGCUCGACGUAUAACUUGCUCGCGGAAGAGGGCCGACGGGUAGCUGCUGCAUUGCUCCCAUACACCCCGCGCCCAUGGCAGUCAUAA